CUCGCUCGCUCUCCAACUCCGGGCCCCAGCCGCCGGCGGGCGCACAGCGGGCGGACAGCAUGCUGAGCCUCCUCGUCUGGAUCCUCACUCUCUCCGAUACUUUCUCCCAAGGGACCCAGACGCGCUUCAGCCAGGAGCCAGCCGACCAGACCGUGGUGGCCGGACAGCGGGCCGUGCUCCCCUGCGUGCUGCUCAACUACUCAGGGAUCGUGCAAUGGACCAAGGACGGGCUGGCCCUGGGCAUGGGCCAGGGCCUCAAAGCCUGGCCGCGGUACAGGGUGGUGGGCUCUGCUGACGCCGGACAGCACAACCUAGAGAUCACAGACGCCGAGCUCUCAGACGACGCCUCUUACGAGUGCCAGGCCACAGAGGCCGCCCUGCGAUCCCGGCGGGCCAAGCUCACCGUGCUCAUCCCCCCAGAGGACACCAGGAUUGAUGGAGGCCCUGUGAUUCUGCUGCAGGCAGGCAUCCCCCACAACCUUACUUGUCGAGCCUUCAAUGCCAAGCCUGCUGCCACCAUCAUCUGGUUCCGGGACGGGACACAGCAAGAGGGCGCUGUGGCCAGCACGGAAUUGCUGAAGGAUGGGAAGAGGGAGACCACCAUUAGCCAGCUGCUCAUUAACCCCACAGACCUGGACAUCGGGCGUGUCUUCACCUGCCGCAGCGUGAACGAGGCUAUCCCGAGUGGCAAGGAGACCUCUAUCGAGCUCGACGUGCACCAUCCUCCUACGGUAACCCUGUCCAUUGAGCCACAGACGGUACAGGAGGGCGAGCGUGUCAUCUUCACAUGCCAGGCCACAGCCAACCCCGAGAUCCUGGGCUACAGGUGGGCCAAGGGGGGUUUCUUGAUUGAAGACGCCCAUGAGAGUCGCUAUGAGACAAAUGUCGACUAUUCCUUCUUCACGGAGCCUGUGUCCUGUGAGGUCCACAACAAAGUGGGAAGCACCAAUGUCAGCACUUUAGUGAAUGUCCACUUUGCCCCCCGGAUUGUAGUUGACCCCAAACCUACGACCACAGACAUAGGCUCUGAUGUGACCCUCACCUGUGUCUGGGUUGGGAAUCCCCCCCUCACCCUCACCUGGACCAAAAAGGACUCAAACAUGGUCCUGAGUAACAGCAACCAGCUGCUGUUGAAGUCCGUGACCCAGGCAGAUGCCGGCACCUACACCUGCCGGGCCAUCGUGCCUCGGAUUGGAGUGGCUGAACGGGAGGUGCCGCUGUACGUGAAUGGACCCCCCAUUAUCUCCAGUGAGGCGGUGCAGUAUGCAGUUAGGGGGGACGGAGGCAAGGUGGAGUGUUUCAUUGGGAGCACACCACCCCCAGAUCGCAUUGCCUGGGCAUGGAAGGAGAACUUCCUGGAGGUGGGGACCCUGGAACGCUAUACGGUGGAGAGGACCAACUCGGGCAGUGGGGUGCUGUCCACGCUAACCAUCAACAAUGUCAUGGAGGCCGACUUCCAGACUCACUACAACUGCACUGCCUGGAACAGCUUCGGGCCGGGCACAGCUAUCAUCCAGCUGGAAGAACGAGAGGUGUUGCCCGUGGGCAUCAUCGCUGGGGCCACCAUUGGCGCGGGCAUCCUGCUCAUCUUCUUCUUCAUUGCUUUGGUGUUCUUCCUCUACCGGCGCCGAAAAGGCAGUCGCAAGGAUGUGACCCUCAGGAAGCUAGACAUCAAAGUGGAGACGGUGAACCGUGAGCCACUCACGAUGCACUCUGACCGAGAGGACGACACUGCCAGUGUCUCCACCGCCACCCGGGUCAUGAAGGCCAUCUACUCGUCCUUUAAGGAUGAUGUGGAUCUGAAGCAGGACCUGCGCUGUGACACCAUCGACACCCGGGAAGAGUAUGAGAUGAAGGACCCCACCAAUGGCUACUACAACGUGCGCGCCCACGAAGACCGUCCGUCUUCCAGGACCAUGCUCUACGCCGACUACCGGGCCGCUGGCCCCACUACCCGCUUCGAUGGCCGCCCCUCCUCCCGUCUCUCCCACUCCAGUGGCUACGCCCAGCUCAACACCUACAGCCGGGCCCCAGCCUCCGACUAUGUCGCUGAGUCCACGCCCUCUGGUCCUGCCGCCCCUGCUGGCACUGACACCGCCAGCCAGCUGUCCUACGAGAACUAUGAGAAAUUCAAUUCUCAUCCCUUCCCCGGGGCAGCUGGGUACCCCACCUACCGACUGGGCUACCCCCAGGCCCCACCCUCUGGCCUGGAGCGGACCCCAUAUGAGGCGUAUGACCCCAUUGGCAAGUACGCCACGGCCACUCGGUUCUCCUACACCUCCCAGCAUUCAGACUACGGCCAGCGCUUCCAGCAGCGCAUGCAGACUCACGUGUAGGGGCUGAGCCGGGCUGGGCGUCUCUGCGGGGCAGAGGAGAAGGCUCUCACAGCGGUUCCCUGAUAUUCAGGGGCAUUGCUUGUUGCUCCCGUCUCGGACCAGCCUUCCUCCUCCCACCGUGGCAGGUGGGGAGCAGGUCUCCCAGAAACACCCCGUCCCGAGGAUGGUGCUCCGUGCAUGCCCCGCCUCCUGGGCCUGCCCUUCCCUCUUCUUCGGGAGGGUGUGUCUCUCUUGACCUGUAUUCUUGCCUGGUCCCAGCAUGGGGGACAGGGAAAGUGGGGCUUGGGGAGAACAGAGGGGGUAGUUUGUAACAACCCCUUUCUAUCCCACCCCUCUGAUCUCCCAUAAGUGGAGUGGGGUUAUGUAAGGAAGGGCAGCCUUUGGCCUAAAGGACAUGAAGUGUGGGCUGUGGGUGGCUGUGGCAAAGUAAAUAGAAAACAGGAUAGCCCAGCCAACCCCUCUGUGGUCUGCGCUCAUGCUCUGGGUGCAUCUCUCCCUCCUCAGGGGAUUACAAAAGGGACCUUGGAUUUAUUUUAGCUCUGCUGCAGAUCAGCCCUGGUACUGAGUUCAAAUCCAGCCUUCAUAGUGCUGGGAUCAAAAUACCAGUCAUCCUGGCUGUCCACUGUGGACAUCUGUCUGCUGUCCUGCAGAGGGAUCCAGGUGUCCCCAGGAGCGCUUCCCUCUUUCCUUCUCCUGGAUGCUGGACCAGGCAGAUAGGGAGGGUUUCCUGGUGGAGAAAGGAAGGGUCAGGAACCAUGUCCUGAUUCACCAGCAAGACUGCUGUGCGCUACAUAGCAGUUCCCCAAACCAACACUAGAGGGGGCCCGCCCAAGCCCCGGUCUCCCCAGCCUGCCCCACUUCCGGCUUUCACUUUUGAGCCUGCCUGGGAGUGGGGGAUGGAGGUGGGGUGCUAUAGGCUAUUUUUCAAAGA